AUGACUUAUUUCUUGUCUUAUUGCAAAGGACACAGCAGCACUGUACUGUCUCAGUACCAAACUCUCCGAAAGGAAGGCUUGCUCUGUGACAUUCUGCUAAAAGUAAAAGAAAAUGAGUUUCCUGCUCACAAGUCUUUGUUAGCCUGUUCCAGCGAUUACUUCAAGGCCAUGUUCAAGAGUUAUACCAAAGAAUCCAAGGCUGCUGUCAUUCACCUCCAAGUUAUCUCAGCCACUGGGUUGCAACAUGUUCUGGAUUUCAUUUAUACAUCCUGGUUGCCUUUGUCUUUUACCACUUUGGAAGAUACCUUAGAAGCUGCCACAUACUUACAAGUACCUGGGGCAAUCUGCUUAUGCAGCCAAUACUUGGUGAAUAAUCUGAGUCUGGAGAACUGCUGUUUUUCAGCCAAUGUUGCCACAAAAUUUUAUCUUCCAGAUGCUUUAUCUGCAGCAGAAAAAUAUCUUAUUAUUAAUCUCUGGAAACUACUGGACCUGGAUUUUGCAGGUCUGCUGGAACUGAAUUUCCAAUCUUUGAAGGCAGUAGUAAAAUCUCCUGAUAUACUUAUGGUGAAAGAAUCUAAUUUGUUAGAUCUAUUAUUAAAGUGGUUGGCAUAUGAUAAAUUGAGGCUCACACACACUACUAAUAUUUUGGAACAUGUAAGAUACAGUCUCAUUCCUGUGGAAGAUCUGAGAAAUAUCUACACUCAAUCAGAAGUGCCUCUAACAACCUCUAUAAAAUGCUUAAUUAUAAAAGCAAUAAACUAUCAUUCACUUAUUUAUAGACAGCCUAUCUUGCAGGAUAAAUACAGCACCUUGAGAAACCAGAAGACAUGGAUUAUCCUGCUUGGAGGUAUGAUUGCACAUGAAGGGCUUGUCACUGAGGUGGUGGCUUUUGAUGUUUACAAUCACAAAUGGCAAAUUUUAACACAAUUACCAGACAGGAUACAAAACCAUUGUGUAUGUACUAUUGGAAACUUUCUAUAUGUGCUUGGUGGAGAAAUUGAAGAUUUGCAAAGUGAUCCUAAAAGUCCCAUCUUGACAGUUACAAAUAAAGUCCAUCGCUAUGACCCAAGAUUUAAUAAGUGGAUACAAAUUACUGGGAUGCUGGAAAAAAGGUGUCAGUUUUCUUGCUGCAUCUUAGAAAAUGCGAUCAUUGCAAUUGGUGGACAAGGUGAAGAUAAAACAUUGCAUUCAUCUGUUGAAGUCUAUGACAUUAGUAAAGACAGGUGGACAAAGCUUCAUGAUUUGCCCUGCAAAGUACAUGGUCAUGCUGGUACUGUUUGUAAGAACACUAUUUAUAUAUCAGGUGGCAAAUACAUGGGUCAAAGUAACACAAGUAAGGAUUUGUAUGCUUUGAGUAAACUUGAAGGGGAAUGGGGAAAACAAGCCCCAAUGAGCAUUGCUCGUUUUGGGCAUCAGAUGGCCACAAUCAGGGAUUCCGUUUUUACAUUUUUAGGUUUUUAUGAACCAUUCUCUGAGAUUGAAAAAUAUGACCCUGACCAGAAUCAGUGGACUCGUUUAAAGCCACUGGUAUAUGAUCGAUAUAGUUAUGGCUUAGCAGUGGUGGAAGAAACUGCCAUUCUUAUUGGAGGGAAGAAAUGGCAAGACACCCAGGAGAUUCCAACUCAGGAUGUUGUAGGUUAUGAUAUAGAUAAUGACUGUUGGGAAGAAAUCUGCAAAGCUUCAUUGCCUUGGUAUGGAUUGCAAUGUGCAGUGCUAGGACUUUCUGAAUUAGUAGAAGCUAAAGACCUUCAGCAACAAAAGAGACCAACUGUUGAGGUUACGCCUCACUGA